AUCUAUGCCUUAAAUACUAAAAAUGAUGAACAUGAGACUGCUAUCCAGGCACUCAAAGAGGCACAUGAGGAAGAAAUCCAACAAAUCUUUGAUGAAACAAAAGAGAAGAUGCUUCGCUAUAAGGAUAAAAUUGAUGAAGAAAUAGAACUACGGAAGAGAAUUCAGUCUUUGGAAGAAUCUCUGGAACAGCAUGAACGGAUGAAACAGCAAGCACUUGCAGAAUUUGAAGCCUAUAAGCAGCAGGUAGAAGAUGCACAGCUUGCUACAGAGACUCAUCAAUUGCAAGAUGUUGCGAUUAUGUCUAGGAAUAUCCAAGAAAUUAAGGAAAACUUUGAUGAUAAAUUACAACACUUUAUCCAGUUAGAAACCCAGUUUGGACCGAAUAAACAACAAGCCGUGGAAGAUCUGCAAGCGACUCACAAGCUCGAGAUCCAGAAUCUGUUAAGGACACAUCAAAAUCAAUAUGAAACUUCAAGUAAACAACAGGAGAAGUUACAGCAGCUGCUUAAAGAUGAGCUAAUUGCUGCAAACAAUAAAAUUCAAGAUUUUGCACUUGAAAAGCAAAAGCUAAUGGUAGAAUUUGAAGCUAAAUUGACCAAAGCUCAAGCCUUUCAUGAGCAUGAAAUUGAAGCUUUAAAGUCUCAACAUGCAUCAGAAAAUUUGCUUCAGUGGAAACAGAGGGAAACUCAACUAAAGAUGGAAUUUCAAAUCCAAGAGAUUGAUUUGAAAAAGGCAUUUGAUGAGCUACAGACAGAAUUGCAGCUCACUCAGGAGGAUGCCAAAGAAAUGAGGAACAAAUGUGAACAGUUUCAAGAAGCAUUAAACAAAGCAGAAAACAAUGUACAAAUGCUUCAGCAACAGCUGGAAGAGAAUCAACAGAAAGCUGAUGGUACUCUUGCAAAACAAAAACAGUUAGGAGAUGAACUGCUUGCUUGUAAGCAUCACAUUCAACAGCAGUCCACAGAAUUGCUGCUUAAAACAAGCGAGAUUGGAACCCUUCAAGCUACUCAAUUGACCCUUGAAGCUACAAUCCGGGAACUGGAAUCACAGCAUUGCAAAUUAAAGGAGAUGUUAUCUCAUCUUGAAGAAGAAAAGAGCAUCUUGCAAGACAACCACCAGACCUUGGAUGAGCAACAGAGACAGCAACUACUGACUGUUGAGAAGUCCUUAAAUGAAGAGAAAGAAUCACAGAGGCGAUAUUAUGAAGAGGAGAUAGCAAAGCUGCAGCAUAAACUUGAAGAGGAAACUAGAUAUCUAAGAGAGACUUUCAGAUCCAGCAUGGAAGAAUUAUCUCAACUACAUCAAUCGACAUUAGAAUCUGCUCAAGACACACAUGAAAGAGAAAAGAAAAAGUUGUGCUUGGAAAUGGACCAAUAUAUUGAGAAGGAACGAUUACGAAUGGAAGAUGAGAAAAAUCAGUUAAAACAGCAGAUGGAAAACCUGCGGGAAGAGUUGACUGCCAAGUUAAAUACAGCCAGUCAAGAGGUGUACCGUUUGCAAGACCUUGUGAAGAAGAGUGAACAAGGCCUAGGAUCAGCUGAAGGACAUAUUUCCAGCCUGAAGGAUGCGCAGGAAAAGCUACAAAAAGAUCUGGAUUCUACCAGGGUCAAACUCAGGCAGACAAGUGAUUCCCUUUCUACCGUGCAAGGAGAAUUGGAACAGCAAAGACAGGAUUAUGAGGCAAGACUGAAUGAAGCAAAAGAACAGGAGAAACUCAAAUGGAAAAAAAUGGAAAAAGAUUUGGAACAAAACUGGAAAGCAACUGUAAGGGAGCAACAUACAAAACUAUGUGAGAAGUUAGAAAAACAAUAUGAAGAAGAUAAACGGUCUGCUCUGGCUCAACUAUCCCACCUGAAGGACCAGGAAAAUAGUGUGGAGAAAGAAGGUUGGCAGAAAAAGGUGGAAGAUCUGCUGAAUCAGCGUCACUUUCUAGGUGAAGCUUUAGAAAAAUCUAUCAGUAAUAUAUCUUUGCUAAAACAAAGCCUGGAAAUGCAGUUAUCCCAGUCCCAAGAUUCCUUACAAAAUCUACAGUGCCAGUUCAACCGUGAGAGACAGCGACUCACACAGCAAAUGGAAGGAAUGGAAGAAGAACAUAAACGCAAACUGGCAUCUAUGGAGGAUGCACACAGGACUGCUGUCAGAAACCUGGAGGAAUCUAAGGAUCGUGAAUACAAGCAAUUGGAAGAAUGUUUGAACCAGCAACAUAUGAAAGAUAUACAAGCUCAAAAGGAAGCCGAGAGAAUGAACCUGGAGGCUUUACAAAAGGAAGCAAAGCAACAACUACAGGAAUUGAGGGCAGAGCUGCAGGAUGAAGGGAAAUUACUGCUUGCCUCUCUGCGUUCAGAUCUCAACUAUCAACAUUCCGUUGCAAUGGAUAAACUGAGGCAAAAUAACCAGCAGGAAAUGGCAGCUGUGAGGAUGGAAUUAGAUCAGACUGUUGAGCAGCACAGACAGCAGAAGAAAGAAUUAUUGAGCAGAAUAUCUAAUCUACAAGAGGAAGUACGGCGUUGUGAAGACCAUAUAAAAGAACUGAAUGAGGAGAGCCUGUCUAUGCAUGACAAUUUGAGCACCUUGACCAAAGAGCUAGAGUACAAAGGGAAUGAAGUUCUGAAGAUACGAAGUGAAGUCAACCAGAAAAUUAGGAUCUAUGAACAGGAGAUGGUAAAGAAACAGGAGAAGAUGAUAAAUGAAAUGACUGCAACCCACAUCCGGGAAACUCAGUGCAUGCUAGCAGACUUCAACAAGGCACAGGAUCUCCUUAAGGAUAAAAUUUCUUCUCUGGAAAUCUUAUUAGAAGAGGCUGAAGAAAAGUACAGUAACAGAGAAUCAAGAACAGAGGAUUUACAGCUAAUCACUGAAUUAAAGGAAAUGAUCACCGAAAGAGAUCAGCUUGCGAAAAAAUUGAUGGAUGACAAAAAAUUUUACCAGCUGGAACUGGUGAACAGAGAAACAAAUUUCAACAAGGUUUUUAAUGCUAGUCCUAACGUAGGAGUUAUCAAUCCUCUAGCUAAGCAGAAGAAAAAGAAUGAAAGAAUUGCUAAUCGGUUUGUCAGUGCCCCAAAUCUUAGUGCUUUGGAAUCUGCUGGAGGAGGAAAUGGGCAGCAUCAGCAUAAUCGUCUGGAACCAAUUCCAAAUUCUCCAGUUCAUGAUAUUGGGUUCAAUAGCAACAAACCUCUCCCCCAGACAGUACCUCCAAAAGAGGCAAAAAGAUUUCUGAGCUGGCAUUCGUAUUUCAACCAAGCACAAAGCGUGAAGAGAAAUAACAUCGGUGUAUUGAGCUGCAAUAUAAGGCUAAAUGUGCACCAAGUAAUUGUGAAAUGGAUUUUCAUGCAUCAUAACUGAUGGCGUUGUAGUUUAAUUUACUGGUUCGAUGAAUCUAGCAAAAUAUCUAAUACAAAUCAGCAGAAUUGAAGGAUGGCUACUUGGAGGUGUGAAGCAUACUGUCGCAGAGAUUAACAUAGAUAUACGCUAAUGGGUCUCCUGUCAGAGAAUGGUUCAUGUAUAUGUUGCCAGAAAAUGGGAUUUUUCUUAGAGGUUCCCAAUUGACCUUCUACAAAUACAGGCUGUGCAUUACUUCCUGAUAACUAGUGGACGAGAUGAUCCAUAAGGGAUCUCUUUCCUAUCAGCUGUAGAAAAUGCAACAGGUUUGACCAGAUAACUUUUGUCAAAGUACGCUAUAAUUAAAACAAAGACAGUAGAGAAUUUAAACAGUAGGGUACUUCAUUAGGAAUAAUAUUUUUGAAAAAUUUAAAAUGAAUGAACGUUGCUAAACAUUUUUAAAUGCAUGUAGAGAUUUUAUUUUCAAAACUGGAAUUGUAAGAUGUACAUAGACAAAAUUUUAUUUCUUGUUUCAGAUCAUUCUUCAUAUUAAUUAUUAAUGAUGAUGUUUAGCCCACUGGCUUACAUGUCAGUACUCUAUGCCAUUAAAGUUACAGUUUCUUCAUCUAAGAUUUUUGUCCCUCUCAACCCAAUUCUAUUCAUUUAAAAUCAAGGGAUUAUACUCUGGCAAAAUUGGACAUGAUCAUCAGAAACUAGAGAAACUACAUUGUAAAUAAUUACUAAAAGCAAACAUAAUCCAUACAAAUUAUUUAUAAUACCACAGGAGCUGCAAAUCAUUUUAUAAAGUUUACAGAAGUUUAUGUAUUUUGAUAGAUGUAAAAGCAGAAAAGGAAUCUUGCAGCUUUAUCUGAAAGCAUUCACAUAUCUGCAUGAGAGAUUUCACAUUGUUUAUUUGCUGUUUUAUAUUUAUUCUUUACUAUGGUUUGUGGAAUUCAUUGCUUUAGUUGAUUUGUUACUGUUUGGGUUUUAACAGCUUAAUCAUUUGUAUCUUGCUUUGUUAGGUAGCUAUGACUUGAUGUAAGACAUGCAUUUUUAAUUUUUUUAUUUUAAUAAAUACAUUUUACAGAACA